CAACAAAAUGAUGUUUACGCUGAAUUCAAUAACAACAAAAUUAUUAUGAGUGUAGGGUCUACACGGCUCUCUGAUUAACAUGGCGUUCAGUAACGACAUGUGCGGACGAUAACGUUCGCCCUUUGUCGCCUGAGCUUUUAAACGAGUGUUUGGACAUUUAUAUUUCUUGCUUUGGAUUUUACCUAACAAUUUAUGUCUGUUACAUAAGUGUAUUGAGGGCCUGAUCGUACUUUUACGACAUAAUAGAAACCACUGCUAUGGUGAAAACCCGACGCAGUAAUGGAGAGAAUGGGGAGGUAGAAGAUGGGAAUUUUACAUUAAACGACGUUGUCAGCGUCUCUGACGAGAAGGCAUCAAAUUGGUCUCCUCGAGAGCUACGAAGUAGCCAGUAUAAAGUUAAAAGAAAAAUACAACACUGGCCAACAAAAUAUAGCAGGAACAGACUUAGAAGAAUAAGGAUGCCACAAAUAGUGUUUCCAGAAAGUGACACAGAACCUGAGAAAUAUUCAAGAAGGUCACGUCAGGUGCGUGUUUUCUUUGCGGAUGACAAUGAAUCCAGUAACAGGAGUAUGCAAAUCCGACGCAAUCGGGGACCCAGGAAGAACUAUAUGGAAGACAGCGAAGAUAAACCAAUACAACAAAAUGUGAGACGAAGUUGUCGCAAGCGCAAGCUCCUGCACCACAACUUCAAUGAGAGCUGGAUUACCAAUGAGCUGAAGGUGAAAGGCUAUCCGGACCUUUAUGGCUUCAAUGGAUCUAGUUCCUCAGAUGAGUUCAGUUCAGGCGAUGAGGCUGUAGUCACCAAUAAGAAAAUGCCUCAAAAUCAUAUACCAACCAAUACAGAUGAGGACACACAAUUAUCACGACAAAGAAGGACUUCAGCAAGGUUUAAUAACAAAAAGGAUGCAACAGAGUCUGAAUCAGAAGAUGAGAACAACCAAACUGUUAUAGAAAAGAAACCGCAGCAGGAAAAUAAACAAGAGCAAAAAGAUAUGGACGACAAGGACGAUGUUAAAAAGGUUAUAAAUAAAAGUGAUCCGGAACAAUCCAACCAGAAUCAGGAUAGUGAAAGCAAUCAAGGACCAGCAAGAUCUACUCGGGGUAAAGGGAGAGGUAGGAGAAGGCAAAAGAAAGAAGAUAGUCAAAAUGACACAGCGUCAGAGAGCUCGUCAUCGGAAUCGUCGAGCGAGGUAGCUCUGGGCCGGCAGCCGCGCCGCUCCAAGCGUACGAGGAAACCCAAGCCAGCCUUCGUACAGAUUGCACCUCGGGAGACAAAGGGCAGAGGUAAAACGUUUACAAUAAGAAAAAAACCAUAUAGUUUAAGAGAGAGAAAACCAAAAAUUCUACGUAGAAAAACAAUUAGAUCUCAAUCUCCGUCCACCAGUAGCAGUAGUAGUACGUCUAGUUCUGAUACAGAAGAGGAUCUAAAUGUUUCUAUGAAAAAUAAAACAAAGGGCAGACAAAAGUCAAAAUCUAUGGACGAUAAGAAGACAGACAGAGCGCUGAGGGAUAUACAACCAGUUGAACUUGAUGGAAAAGUUCGAUUUACUUCUGUGGGAGGUUUAGAAGAGCAUAUAAAAUGUUUACGAGAAAUGGUAUUAUUUCCACUGAUGUACCCGGAUUUAUUCAAUCAAUUUAAGACUCGACCAGCUAAAGGUGUAUUAUUCCACGGACCACCGGGUACGGGAAAGACAUUGUUAGCCAGGGCAUUAGCAAAUGAAUGUAGUCUUGUCGGAGGAAGGAAAGUGGCUUUCUUCAUGAGGAAAGGAGCGGAUUGCUUGAAGAAAUGGGUCGGUGAAAGUGAGAGACAUCUCAAAUUGUUGUUCCAACAAGCGAAUAAAAUGAAACCAUCUAUAAUAUUUUUCGACGAGAUUGAUGCAUUAGCUCCAGUGCGCAGCGUGCGACAGGAACAAGUACAUACCAGUGUGGUGGGAACUCUGCUCGCUGAAAUCGACGGACUGUGUGACAGAGGCGAGGUGAUUAUAAUAGGUGCUACUAAUCGUUUGGAUGCGGUAGACCCGGCGUUGCGACGCGCUGGACGUUUUGACAAGGAGUUGUACUUCCCACCACCGCAUGCAGCCGCACGACGGAAUAUACUCGAUAUAUACACCAAGGAAUGGAACCCACGACCCUCUGAUGACACCCUAGAUCAUAUAGCUGAUAUCACCAAUGGAUAUGCAGGUUCCGAUUUAAAGGCGUUGUGUUCAGAAGCUGUAUUACGAGCAUUAAGGAGAGUGUAUCCGCAAGUGUACGAGAGUGAAUACGCGCUUAUUAUCGAUCCUAAAAAUGUGGAGGUGCAGCAGGAGGAUCUGGAGCGGGGUAUGGUGGGUAUGGUGGCAGCAGGAAGCCGCAGCGCGCCGCCGCCAGCACGCCGCCUUCCUCCGCACGAGCAGGCACUGCUCGCGCCACAGCUUCGCGCUGCCUCUCUUCUGCUACGUAUGCAUGCACCACGUGACAGCACUACAAAGGUGUCAGAUGAUGGUAUGUGCGGAGGUGUGGUGCUGGUGAGCGGGGAGUGCGCGGAUACUCAGCUGGCGCCGGCGCUGCUGGCACAGCUCGAGCACUGCGCAGUGCGCGAGCUCAGCCUUGCCACACUGCACUCCGCUCUCGCAUUCACACAGGAACAGGCGCUCAUCUCAUUAUUCUCCGAGUGUCGUCGCACAGAUCGCGGCUGUGUCCUGUUCAUCCGCGACCUGACGUCGGUGUGGUCGGUCCUGAAGGUGAGCAACAGUGGCGCGCUGCUGCUGCAGCUGUGGCGCACGCGCGCCGCCGGACACAACACAAUGUUGCUCGCCACCUCAUCAGUGCCUCAUGAAGAACUACCCCAAGAGUUACAAGAACUAUUCCCUGUGUACAAAGACUGCGUGUAUCGUAUGCGAGAGCCCACCGCGUCUGAAGUCAUCAGCUUUCUCAAGCCGAUCAUUACUGAAGUGCCGCUGGAACCGCCCCUCAUUGAGAACAACGAACCCCCACCACCAUUACCCAGAGCUCCGCCUCCGCCGCCGCCUCGCGAGUCCGCCGAGGAGGUGGCGCGGCGCAAGCGCAAGGAGGACUACAAACUGCGCGAACUGCGCAUCUUCCUGCGCGACAUCUGCCGCAAGCUCGCCUCCAACAGGCGCUUCUACAAGUUCACAAAGCCUGUUGAUCUUGAAGAGGUGACAGACUACCUGGACAUCAUCAAGCAACCGAUGGAUCUGGAGACUAUGAUGACGAAAGUGGACAUGCAUAAAUACAACUGCGCCAAAGAGUUCCUCGACGACAUAGAUCUUAUAUGCGCUAACGCAUUAGAGUACAACCCUGAUAGGGCUAGAGGGAUGUUUAGAACGUCAUCAGACAAGCAGAUACGUCACGAGGCGUGUUCGUUGCGAGAUCAUGCGCACGCGCUCAUCGAUGUAGAGAUGGACAGCGACUUUGAACUUGAAUGUCAGGAUAUUGCUAAAAAGCGCAGAGAGGAAGGCCUACACGAAGACAAUGAUCUACCAGACUUUAUAUAUACUGCGUCAAAUUUACCGGAGGGUUUCGAUUCAACGGCAAAUGAUAGCAAGAACCUGCGAACUCCGCAGAAUGGAGAGAAGUCUGAAUCUAAUUCGGCGAAGCGAAAGCGAAGAAGAAUGAACGCUUGGUCCAAAGGAUUGGUAGUGAAACGACACAAGACGUCGCAAAAGACAUUCAAAGACACAAGUAUGGCGAUAACAGACGAGGAGUGUAAGGAGAACAAGCCGAUUACGUCGACUCCGCUCGCCAACGGAUCGGCGACGUCUUCGGGGUCGGACGACGACGCGCCGCUGCGUCGCCCGCUACCUGACGAUACGUUGCUCGCCGGCAAUGUGCACCCAGACAGGUACAUCAUACAUACUUAUUUACAGUGUCCAUCAAAACCGGGUGAAAAAACGCCGUCGAAAACAUCACCAAAGAAAAGAAAUUCCGGACACGAGACUUCAAGUGGAGAUAUCGACAAAGUACUGAUAAACAAGACUGAAUUAGAUAACAUUCUGUAUAAGAAUGCGAAAGUGUUACGAGGAAUUGGUUUGAAGGCUCUGCUGGAUUUAUAUACGCAGUUAUCGAAAGCCGUGGACUCGUACUCUACAAAAUAUGACCGAAGUAAACUGCCUUUAGAACUACACGCUAUCGUAACUAGGUAUUUGCAGUACGCUAGGAAAUGAACCAAAGAGCAAGCGAUUUUAGCUCUUAUUGCCGUCUGUCAAAAGUUCAAAUUAGUAUACGUCGAUUUAUAGUAAAUUUAGUUUAAGAUAUACAAAAUAUUUAUUUGAUUGACGAAACAUGUUUCAGUUUAAAACUGUCUAGUAAAAGUUAAAAUAUGGUACACAAGUUUGUAUAUUCCUUUUUUUUUCUGUCCAUUUUAAAUAGGCAGAGUUCUUUAAUCUGUUUUAGCGAAAUCAGAUGGCCGUUUGAUCGUUCGCCAUCUUAAGCUAAAAAAGUUUUUUUUCAUAACUAGCUGUCGCCCGCGACUCGGUCC